AUGGACGCGAGCAACGCGAAGGUCCUCCGCUCCGGCUGGGUCCUUAAGAGGAAGAAGAAGAAGCUCCAAGGCUACGCCAAGCGCUGGCUCAUUAUUUUCGAGGAUGGUACACUGUCGUACUCGACCAAUCCUGAGAGCAAUUCGCGCGGAGUGAUCGACGUGCCGCACGCUAGUGUGUCUUCUGACAUCCGACAUGGGGCAGAUUUCAAGAUGCUGAACCAGAACGAUUUUAUGGAAUGGAGGACAGAUCUUCGCAAGUUCUUGAAUGGAGGUGCAGCGCAUUCGCCGGCGCAGCAGCCGCAGGCGGGUACGAUGGGCCAAGUCGAUGAGCUCCUUGCGGCGUGCAUUGCGAAGCUCAGGACUGUGAACAAGACACAACAUUCUGAAGACAUUGAUGAUGUGAUUUCAUCCCUCCAGGUUCUACAUGGUCACCACGGUGAUAUCCGCCAGCAGCUUGCGAGGCGAUCUAGGGGAGGUGAUGCGGCUUCUAUGUCAGCAGCCUCUCAGACGGGAUCAACGCAUAGCCACUCGCACGGCGCCGCAGCUGGCUUUGGUGCUGGUGCAGGCUUGGCAGCUGGUGCAGGCCUAGGUGUUGCUGCUGGCUCGAUGGGAUCUGGUAGUGCAUCGCCGCAACCUGGAGGCGAUGAUGGCGAGCACGACUUUUAUGAUGCCAACGAUAUGUACGAUGGCGUCGAAUAUGAAAUCCAGAGUAAUGGCGAUUAUGACGAUGAGGAAGACGACGAUGCUAACAUGUAUGUGGAUGAGGAGGAAGACUCAAAGCCGGUCCUUCCUACGCCCACAGAGUUGCCGCUGCCUGCCUCGGAACAAGUGACGUACCGCAAGCAAUUGCCAGCGCCUGUGACAGGUGAAGAAAUGUCGCUGUUCUCGAUCCUGAAGAAGAAUGUCGGUAAGGAUCUGUCGACCAUUUCCUUCCCUGUGACUUUCAACUGUCCUCUCUCGCUUCUGCAGGCGGUAGCAGAGGAGUAUGAAUAUGCUCCCAAGCUGCUGGAGCGUGCAGCGAAGGCCUCGGAUAGCACAGAACGUCUUUCGUUGGUGGGUGCAUUUGCUGUGAGCAGUUACGCAUCAACGGCGCAGCGCACGACGCGCAAGCCCUUUAACCCAUUGCUUGGUGAGACGUACGAGUGCAUUCGCGCUGAUCGCAACAUGUACUUUGUCGCAGAAAAGGUGGUCCAUCGUCCGCCUGUGAUUGCAUCGUACGCCAAAGGCGAUGGUUGGUCCGUGUCUGCGGCUGGAACUGUGAAGAACAAGUUCUGGGGCAAGUCGCUAGAGCUUAUUGCGGAAGGUGCCCAAGUCGUGGAGCUGGAGACAGGUGAUCGGUACAGCAUUACCAAGCCCAGCUCCUUUAUGCGUAACCUUCUUGCCGGUAAUAAGUACCUGGAGCAUGUCGGUGAGAUGGCCAUUACCAAUCUGAAGACGAAAGAACGAUUGGUCAUUCAGUUCAAGGAAGGCUCAUACUUCGGCGGCGCUGCCAACAGGAACCAAAUCGAAGGCACACUCUACGAUGCGAACAACUCCAAAGUGGGUACCCUCAAGGGCAAGUGGGAUGAACAAAUAGCCCGUGUGAUGCAGAAGGACCACCUUCAGGUGCUUUGGGAGGUGGACCCGAUGCCGCCUAACCCGGCCAAGUACUAUGGCUUUACCUACUUUGCCCUCUCGCUGAAUGAGAUUACGGACGACCUAAAGAAUGUAUUGCCGCCAACCGAUUCACGCUUGCGUCCUGACCAGCGUGCCUUGGAAGACGGUGAUGCAGACUCGGCAGAGGAGCUGAAGCACACGCUGGAGAACGAACAGCGCGCACGCCGUAAACAGAUGGAAGAUGCUGGAGAAACGUACCAGCCCCAAUGGUUCCACCAAAGUUCUGACACCGUGGAAUGGGUGUAUGGUGGCCCAAGUGGUGAAGACUACUUCCAAGAGAGGCAAAAAGUCAAAGCACACAAGGGCCAGUGGCAGACUAAGAAUGCUGUCAUCUUUAACCACUAA